GGGACACAGAGAGUUGACCGGAGGACUUGGUCAUACCUGGAGCUUUUGUCCUUCAGCUGGAGGCUUAAUUAAACGGGCAGAUACAGACUUCACAUCAUGAGUGGACCGACAAAUGUUCAGUACCAGUCGGGCCUUUAUGGAGGAAACAACAACAACAGCAGCUCUCCUCUCUCCAGCCGUGGAAAUUCACCCAUUGUGUGUGAGCGCUGUGGGGAGGUGUGUUGUGGGGAGGUGGUGCGCGUCAAAAACACGCACUUCCAUGUUCUCUGCUUCACCUGCCAAGUUUGUGGCUGUGAUCUGGUGCACUCGGGUUUCUUCCACCACUCUGGCGAGUACAUCUGCACAGAGGACUACCAGCGGCUCUACGGGACCCAGUGUGACAGCUGUGACCAGUAUAUCACUGGGGAGGUGGUAUCUGCACUGGGGAGGACAUACCACCCACACUGCUUCGUCUGCAGCCUCUGCAGGAGUCCGUUCCCAAUUGGAGACAGGGUAACCUUCUGUGGGAAGAAGUGUGUGUGUCAGCAGUGCUCACACACUCUGAAAAGCGACAAGCCCAUCAAGGUCCAUGGACCAAGCUACUGUGCAGGCUGCGGCGAGGAGAUCAAAAAGGGUCAGUCUCUGCUGGCUCUGGAGCGACAGUGGCACGUCAGUUGCUUUAAAUGCCGAACGUGCGGCUGUGCGCUGACUGGAGAGUACAUCAGCAAGGAUGGGAUACCUUACUGUGAGACUGACUACCACACUCAGUUUGGGAUCCGGUGUGACAGCUGUAACGGGUACAUCAGCGGCAGAGUACUUGAGGCUGGAGGGAAGCGGUACCACCCCAGCUGUGCCAGGUGUGCCCGCUGUCACAUGAUGUUCAUGGAAGGAGAGGAAAUGUACCUCACAGGUUCAGAGGUUUGGCACCCCAUGUGUAAAGAAGCAGCUCGGCUGGAGAGAAAGCUGAGGCUGAGACGCACUUCUGAGACGGCGUCCAUUUCUCCUCCAGGCUCCUCUCCUCUCCUCGGCUCCCCUCACCGGCUCAUCUGUUCUAAAGCUAAUGUUUUGGACUAUAAGCAGCUUGCAGCUCUGCCCAGGGUCAAAGCCAUAUAUGACAUCCAGAGGCCUGACAUCAUCCCUUAUCAGGCCGACCAUGCACACACACACCUCUCAGAUGACACUCUGGAGCGAUACAGCUGCGGACAGUCAUUGGGCUCCAUAUCACCAUACUCACAUGAUCUCUUGGAUGGUUUGGAGGGGAGAACGAGGCGUUCCACCAGCUCUGCUUUCACUGAGUCCCCUGCACACAGUCGCCACGGAGGCUCCCCACUGCAUUAUUAUCUUCCCGGCAGUGAGAGUGGCAGGAGUUCACCCUAUUACAGUCAGCCUGAGCCCAGGUGUACCACACCCACCACCACCACCUUCCAAGCCCCCAAGCAUUUCCAUGUACCAGCUUCUGAUGAAACCAGCAUCUACAGGAAACCCCCCAUCUAUAAAAGAAAAGACAUGUCUGCUUCGCCAAUAGCCAAUAAGAGUAAGACCAAUGAGAACCUCAAUUCCAGUGACCUUUCCACCUCCAACUGUAACAGCAUGUAUCACCCAGACUCCAACUAUUACCCUUACGCUGGCUCUCCAAAAGUCUCCAGAGUGAGGAGGUUUUCGUCCGGAGGAGAGGAAGAUGGAUGGAAUCACAAUAUAAACAAGGGAAUUGGCAGGAUGAUCCUGAAGGAGGAGAUGAAAGCGCGGUCAGCUUGUCACGACAAUGACCAGUGGGGGAGUAGACGCAGUUCCCGCUGUAGCAGCAGGGAGGCGCUGAACAAUCUGGGAUACGGCUCCCUCAAUGGCUCUCCCAGGUCCAUCUGCAGUGCAGACAGCGACUCAUACAUUGCCAAGUCGUCCUCGUUGCCAGGCUACCGCAGGAAUGGACUAAACAGGCCUGGGAGCGCUGGUGCAGAUUAUUACCAGUGCGACAGCAGUAAUGCAGUUAACUGGCAGAUCAGAGAAUACAAGAUCUACCCAUAUGAAGCCAUAAUAGUGUCAGUCAGAGGGCAGCAGCAUCUACCGAGUGAUGUGGACCGAGCCAGACUGGAGCGCCACCUCUCACCAGAGGAGUUCCACAGAGUCUUUGGUAUGUCCAUGUCCGCCUUUGAUCAUCUUGCUCAGUGGAAGAAGAAUGAACUGAAGAAACAGGUCCGACUCUUUUGAGAAAAGGAAGCCACCAGAACCUCUAACUUCUAGCAGAAGCCGAACUGUCGGCCUUCUGAUACCAACUGGCCAUAAUGGUAACAAAACUGCAAUGAGAGGGAAAUGAACUGGAAGCAGAUCAUUAAGACUUUGAGAGGCAGCGGAUGAGCCACUUUGGAGACAUAAACAGACUGUAACAGACAUAAAGUUAAAGUGUGGGAGCAGUUGUUCUGCUUUUCACUCUCUUCCCAGCAGAUGGCAGCGUGUUAAGAGGAGCACCAGGGUGGAAGUCUGAUACAUGAUCAGGGGGUCCAUAAGCUGAAGUAUUUCUUACCAUACUGAGGGUCUGCCACGCUGCGCCACACCGGACACCGUUUAGGAAGAGAAUAGGCUGGAAGACAGCCUGACACAUUAAUGUGCAAAUAAUGAAACCCAAAGGUUUUCUUCUUUUUUGAUACUGGCAUGUGUUUAUUUUGAUGUCAGUAUUUCUGAAGCCAUACGAGUGUUUAAAGUUCUUGUUCAUGACAUCAGCAGACUGUACAGUUCACUAAUUGUAGGGUUUAAUGUGAAUGAACUAUGUCAUAGA